AUGUUUUUUUCAUUACCAAUUUUUAAAGAUACUUCAGCUUAUAAGUAUGCUGGAAGAAGUUUAUUUCCUAAAAAAUACUUUUUCCAAGAAAUUCUUCCAUUAGCAUCAAGAAAUAAGCUUGCAGAAAGUAAAGAAAAGUUGUCAAGUGAUGCUUGUAUGGGAGAAUUACAAAAUUUAUUCAAUUGUCUUAAAAAGUGGCAAUAUGACGAUCUCAAUUGUGUGACUCAACAUGAGACUUACAUGAGAUGUUUAGAUGUAAAAACUAAGCAUAUUAAAGAAUUUAAUGAAGCUUCAAAAAAAGGUAUUCUAGGACAAGGGACAGGGGCUUUGACAAAUUCGCAGAAAAAUCGUUUAAUGAAAUUAUAUCCCCAACCAGAUAUUGGUAAGAUACCUAACAAAUUUAUGAAACGAUUACCAACGCAGUCAUAUUCCGAUGAUUUGUUUAGAAGAAAAAAUAUACCUGGUAAAGCUAGUUAG